AUGGGAAACAUCAUCCGGUGCCUCACGGGAAGAGACCAUGACCAUGGUGAUGAUGAUUACUACCCCUACUACCGUACAUCCUCAAGGUGGGAGGAUGAGCCUGCAGCAGCCUCUCGGCCUCCUCAGCAGUCUCUAGGUCCCAUCCAUGGAGGCGUCAGCGUCACGCCGGCGGCCACCGCCUCCCUGGCCCAGGACCUGCAGCUCAACAUCGAAUCCACGUCCAUGAUUCCUGAAGGGCUCAAACGGCAUGUCACAUCAUCCAAGAAAGCACAAAUUAAGUGGUACAAGGACAUGGCAGAGGCAUACAAGGAUAUGAAAACCCCACCAAAAACACAAGCUGAAACUGCCCUUACCAGGAUCCAGAGAGCAGAUUUGGAGGAUAUAUUUUCAUUUUACAAUCUGCCGACCGCAUCACUCCCUGUACCAGACUCAAACCAUCACCCGACACCGCCACCAGAGGGUGUGCAGUUUGUGCUGAAUACUUUGCCGGUCCAUAACAAGUGCAUUGGAGAUGGUGAUGGCUUUACUGCUUAUGUUGACACAGCAGACCCAAGGGAGUCCACAGAUGUGCCACCAGAAGUGCAUGAGAUGGUGAUUGCAAUAACUCAAGCACGCACUGAUAGGGAUUAUCAGACAGCUAAUGCUCUUCAAAGAAGCCUUGACAAAGCUGGAUAUAAGGUAAUAAUCAUUUUAGGCGAAGAGAUCCUUGCAAGGAAAUAUAGAAUCCGAAUGAGGGGCAUUGAUGCACCGGAGCUUAAGAUGCCGUAUGGAAAGGAAGCAAGGAAAGAAUUAAUGAAGCUCAUUGGUGGGAAAAGUGUCACGAUUUAUGUUUAUGAGCAAGACCAAUUUGGACGCUACGUGGGUGACAUCUAUUGUGAUAACAUGUUUAUCCAGGAGAAAAUGCUGAAGUGUGGUCAUGUUCAUCAUUUCAAGAAGUACGACAAACGCCCAGAGUUUGAAAACUGGCAGAAAGAGGCAAAAUCUACAGGCCUAGGACUCUGGGCAUCAAAGAAGCCCCCUCAGAAGCCAUGGGAUUGGAGAAGAAACAAGCGACAUGCAAGACACAGUGCCAUUCAGGUUUACUGA